GGUCAUCAGAAGUUUCGCGGGAAUUGUGACGCGGGUCCUGUGAGAGACCCCUGCUCUGCUGUCUGCUGUGUUGGUGCCGCCGCCAUGCCCCGUAGGUUCAGGAGAUGGGGACACUACAGAGGAGGAGCAGGAGGCUGGGGAGGAUGGAGGAAGAAGAAGUCUCGAAGUAGGAGCUCUUCUCGUUCUUCUAGGCAAGCCAGGCAAGUCAGAGGACCGAGGUACAGCGACAGUACUGCCAGCCUGAGGAACCUGAGGUUAUCUCAGGUCAUCCAGGACCUGACAGCUGACACCAUCGACAUGACGACCGUUGCCAUGGGUGACGAUGAUCUGGACCACGAGGUUCUGUUCGGCACGUUGAGGGGAAACAUCGUAGGGAUCAGGUACUACAGGGGAGAGGUCAACAACAACGAGAUGGUAUCGCUGGUGCGCGAGCCGCGGAACCCGUAUGACAGUAACGCGGUGCGCGUGGAUAACGUGAUGGGAGUGCAAGUCGGACACAUCAAGCGUGAACUGGCGCGACCUUUGGCCUACAUCGUGGACCAGGGGCUGGCCAGGGUCGAGGGUGUUGUACCCCAUGGUGCCAUGAAUAUCUUCACCAUGCCGGUUGACCUGACCUUCUGGGGUCGGCCGGAGAGAAGGGAGGACACCAUCCUGAAGCUGGGGCAGCACGGCUACAAGAUAAAACCCCCCGCCGGCGCAGGGGGGUCUGGGACCAACAGGGGGGGUUCUGGUGAAGGGGGGAGAGAGGGGGCUGGGCCAUCGUACAUGGAUCGCGUGCUGUUGUCGGCUGUGCAGAUGACACAGGCUGAGAUGAAGAACGAGCUAGAUCAGCUGUUUGAGACCAUCCAGGAAUCAGACCAGACGGGCGUCACAGAAGCCUGCCAGUCCAUCAGGACACCGCUGUUCCCCCACCAGAAACAGGCGCUGGCCUGGAUGGCGCGGCGGGAAAACUCGGGCGAAUUACCGCCAUUCUGGGAGGAACGAGCAGCGAACAAGUUCUUCAACUCCGUCACCAACUUCACAUCUACCAGGCGACCGCAGAGCGUGCGGGGAGGGAUCCUGGCGGAUGACAUGGGGCUGGGGAAGACCCUGGUGGUGAUUUCUCUCAUCCUCAGCAACUUCCGUGACGGGAAACCGCUGGUCCUGCCGCAGGAGGGCGCUGCCAUGACAACCAAGGGAAAGUCCAUAAAAGCCAGAAAGGGAGGGGCGAGGAGCAGCAACAGAAAAAAGACCAUGAAGCCUGGACAGAAGGAGAAGUUUGUGGUUGAUUCAGACAGCGAAGAGGGCGACACAGAGACGGAGUCGGAGGAAAGUGUGUCGGGAGAGUCGGAGUCGGACAGCCCAGUUUCCGAUAGCGACAUGGUUGCCAUGACGAAGGCAGAGGAUCCGGAGUACGCCCCGAAGAUGAAGCUGACCCGUGCAAAGACGGCCCCGCCCGUGGUGUCCCCCAACAUCCGGUCCAGACCCUCCAGGACCACCAGGAAGCCAGUGAGAUACACCUACAGCAGUGGGGAGGAUGGAGAGGACAUUACUGAUGGGGAGAGCCCCAGGAAAAAGGCAAAGACAUCCUCUCCCGUUCCUGAGAAACAGACCAAGAAGGGCGGCAAGGCUAAGAGUAAGACGAAAGCGAAAGGCAAAGCCAAGGGGAAAGGCAAGACGUUGAAGGGAAAGUUUGGAGGUUCCGAAGACGUUGUGGACCUGACAGUUUCCCCACCGGGGGCGUCCAACAGCCAACCGCAUGUCAUCAGCGACGAAGAUGACGAUGAACUACCAGACCUCCCUGCUAUGGACGAGUCCAACACUGGCAAGAAGGACUCAAGGAAGGUGACAGCAACCAAAAUUACAGGUCUGGAAUCCCCUCCAUGCGGAGGUAGGACAGAGGCGGAGGGACCUCGCGCGACCCUGGUGGUGUGUCCGCUGUCCGUGCUCAGUAACUGGAUCGACCAGUUAGAAGAGCAUGUCCACCCGAAUGUGGACCUGCACAUCUACACGUACUACGGACCAGACCGCACCAAGGAUCACAAGGUGCUGGAGCAACAGGACAUCGUGCUUACUACGUACCAGAUGAUGGCUAUGGAUGCUAAGGGAAAGGGCGGCCCCCUACAGAAGGUCCAGUGGCUCCGAGUGGUGCUUGACGAGGGGCACACCAUCCGCAAUCCCGCAGCACAGCAGAGCAAGGCAGCCUUCGCACUGAAGGCUGAGAGAACCUGGGUACUCACAGGCACCCCCAUCCAGAACUCCAUGAAGGACCUGUGGUCGAUCGUCUGCUUCCUGAAGUUGGAGCCCUUCACGGACCGGCAGUGGUGGAGACGCACCAUCGAGCGCCCCAUCGGACUGGGCGACCAGAGCGCGCUGAAGUGCCUGCAGAAGUUGAUGGGAAACCUGGCCAUGCGCAGAACAAAGACACAACAGGUAGCAGGGAAGCCACUGGUUGAGCUGCCUCCCAGGACUGUGUUUAUCCAGCAUGUGGAGAUGUCUGCGGAUGAGAGGGAGGUGUACGACUCCAUGGCAACGGAAGGGAAGGUGAUGGUCGGCAGGUACUUCCGUGAGGGCUCGGUGCUGACCCACUACGCAGACGUGCUGGCUGUUCUGCUGAGGCUCAGGCAGCUGUGCUGUCACCCCUCACUGGUCGCACGGGCGCUCCAGACUCUCACGGAAGCGGUGGGAUCCGGCACGAGCGGAGAGCUGCGUGAGAAGCUGAUGUCGGUGCUGAAGGCCGUGCUCAGCUCCGGAGCAGACGAGGAGUGCUGCGUGUGUCUGGACUCCCUUCGCCUGCCCGUCAUCACGCACUGCGCGCACGUCUUCUGCCGGGAGUGCAUCUGCACCGUCAUCAGGAACGAACGGCCGAACGCCCACUGCCCGCUGUGCCGAGGGGACAUCGCCGUGGAACAGCUCGUGGAGGCUCCGCCAGACGAGGAGGGGGGCCGAGAGGAGGAGGAGCAGGGGGGGCCCUGGCAGAGCAGCUCUAAGGUUGAUGCAGUACUGCAGUGCCUGGAGAGAGUUCGUCAGGAGGACUCGUCAGUUAAGAGCCUCGUCGUGUCACAGUUCACGUCAUUCCUCAACAUCAUGGAGUACCCGCUCAGGGAGGCGGGGUUCCGGUUUGUGCGUCUGGACGGGAGCAUGACUCAGCAGAAGCGGACGGACGCCAUUGCACGUUUCCACGACGACGGCCCGGACUCCCCGAACGUCAUGCUGCUCUCGCUGAAGGCUGGAGGGAUCGGACUGAAUCUCAAGGCUGCUUCCCGCGUCUUCCUGCUGGACCCGGACAUCAAGAGUGGACAACCUCGCAUCAACGACUUCAAAACUCUCAAGAACAUCUAG